AUGGCGAAUGAUUUCGCCUCUGCCAUGACCACCCGGUCGCUCCGCAUGGUCCGGACCGAGCUGGAGUUCCUCGCCGACUCGUCGGUGAUUUCACGCCAACAGCUGACUUCCAUCCUCUCACAACUGCCUGAUGAGUCCGAUGCUCGUUCCGCGCCCAGACACCGACAGGCCACACCGGUGGUACACACACCUUCACCCCUACCGGAACCCGUUCAGGCACAGCCUCCUCCAGCUCCCUAUUCUCCUCCCGUGUCACAAAUGCAAAAUGCCUCCUUGAACGAGAAAGCCCCGAUGCCGAUGCACAACCAAUAUGCCUCUCCUCAGAUGGCUCCGCCGGCCUACCCUCAAGUCCCACCCAUUAUUUGUCUCGCCUCGGCAUUGUAUGCAUACACUCCCACCGACACGGGGGAUCUUGCUUUGCAGCCGAAUGACCGUAUUCAAGUUAUUGAGCACAUGAACGAUGACUGGUGGCGUGGUCGCAACGAGCGUACUGGCAUGGAGGGUAUCUUCCCUCGGAGCUAUGUGAAUGUUGUAAAUGAAAAGGCCGCCGCUCCUCCACCUACCAACUAUGGAAAUAUGCCUCUCGAGGUAAGUCAAGGUGGACCUUCUGCUCCCGAGUCCAACGACCCGAACCAGAAGAGCAAAUUUGAGCAAGGAAGCAAGAAGUUUGGCAAGAAGCUUGGUAACGCUGCAAUUUUUGGUGCCGGUGCUACUGUCGGAUCCAAUAUCGUCAACAGCAUCUUCUAA